UGAGUGAGUGUGGUGAAGCCCUGUGAAGCGGCGAAGCUCUCUGUGUGGCGUGCGAUUCUUGACGUUUGGAGUUGGUCUUUAUUCUAUGGUUUGGUAGCGUCCAAUUUCAGAGCACCGAAGCUUUGUAGAAGCAUUUCGCAUCGAGGAUGAACCGCGGUGGCUAUCCAGCACAUGUGGCCACACCCCCUCCAGGUCCCCUGGGUGGAAUGCCAGCAGCUGCAGUGCCCCCAGGUGGAGGGAUGGUGCCAUCUCCAGGGCCCCCCGGGGGCAUGCGGCCCCCACCUGAUCGUUCAGCACCGCCUCGCCCAUACCCCGCCUACCAGGGUGGCUACGGGGCCCCAGGACCUGCACCGCCCCCGAUGCACUCGCGCGGCAUGCCUCCGCCCCCAGGCUCUCCAUACACGCCCCCCCGGCUACCCUCCGGAGGCCCCGCCCCGCUCGAAGGCCCACCCCGCAAGCGCCCGCCCCCCGCUGGCAGUGACGCUCCAGCCCGGUCGGCUGCAUCCAAAGGGGGCCUAGGAGGAGGGGCGGGGCCGACAGGAGGAGGGCCACCUCCCGCAGCCACCCCUCCAGUGGCCCCUGGGAGUGGGGCCCCUCCAGCCAAGAAGAAGAAAAAGCUGGCCGACAAGAUCCUGCCUCCGCGGGUGCGGGACCUGGUGCCCGAGUCACAGGCCUACAUGGACCUGCUGGCCUUUGAGCGCAAGCUGGACUUCACCAUCAUGCGCAAGCGCUUGGACAUUCAGGAGGCCCUGAAGCGACCCAUGAAGCAAAAGCGCAAGCUGCGUAUCUUCAUCUCGAACACAUUCUACCCGGGCAAGCUGUGUGGCGUGGAUGUGGACGGGGUGGACGAAGGAGGCACGGUGCCCUCGUGGGAACUGCGGGUCGAGGGUCGCCUGCUGGAGGAGCAGCCCAAGGGCGAGUCGGCAGCCAGGGGGGCCAAGCGCAAGUUCUCUUCCUUCUUCAAGAGCCUGGUCAUUGAGCUGGACAAGGAGCUGUAUGGGCCGGACAACCACCUCGUGGAGUGGCACCGCACACCCACCACUACCGAGACAGAUGGGUUCCAGGUAAAACGGCCAGGUGACAAGAAUGUCCGCUGCACCAUCCUUCUCCUACUGGACUACCAGCCCCUGCAGUUCAAGCUGGACCCUCGGCUGGCCCGUCUGUUGGGCAUCCACACGCAGACGCGGCCGGUGAUCAUUGCUGCCCUGUGGCAGUACGUUAAGACCCAUCGGCUGCAGGACCCACACGAGCGGGAGCACAUAAACUGCGACAAGUACCUCGAGCAGAUCUUCCAGUGCCAGCGCAUGAAGUUUGCCGAGAUCCCCCAGCGCCUGCACCAGCUGCUGCACCCGCCGGACCCCAUCGUCAUCAACCAUGUGAUCAGUGUCGAAGGCCCAGACACCAAGAAGACGGCGUGCUAUGACAUAGAUGUCGAAGUGGAUGACCCGCUGAAGGCACAGAUGAACAGCUUUAUCCUGUCGACGGCCAACCAGCAGGAGAUCCAGGGCCUGGACAACAAGAUUCAUGAGACCGUGGAGACCAUCAACCAGCUGAAGACCAACCGAGAGUUUUUCCUCAGCUUUGCAAAGGACCCCCAGCAGUUCAUCAGCAAGUGGCUGGUCUCUCAGAUGCGAGACCUCAAGACAAUGACAGACGUGGUGGGCAGCCCCGAAGAAGAGCGCCGUGCAGACUUCUACUACCAGCGCUGGGCCCAGGAGGCAGUGUGCCGCUACUUCUAUGGCAAGGUGCAGCAGCGCCGAGCCGAGCUGGAACAGGCACUCGGCAUUCGCAAUGCCUAGUUCCCCACUAAUAAAGAGAGACUAGCCCAUCA